UUGCAUAUACGAUACGAUAGUUGUUCUGUGCCAUCGUGCAUGCUGUAUCAUUCUGAAAGUUUACCUUUUAAGAACAUCGAAGAGGAAAAAUGUUUUAAGAAGAUUGAUGAAGGAGUGGAACUGUUUGAGGAGACGAUGGGCAAAAUGCAUGAAGCUAACAGUGAUAAUCAAAGAGAGAAAUAUCAGGACGAUUUGAAAAAAGAAAUUAAGAAGCUUCAAAGGUUACGAGACCAAGUUAAGAACUGGCAAAACUCUUCUGAUAUAAAGGACAAAGAGCGUUUGAAUCAGUAUCGUAAAACCAUCGAGCAGCGGAUGGAACAGUUCAAAGACAUCGAAAGAGAGAAUAAGACAAAACCUCACAGUAAGCAGGGCUUAAGCGCUGAGGAAAAACUCGAUCCCAAAGAAAAGGAGAAGUCGGACACGAUUGAAUGGCUCCAGAAUCAAAUUAGAGAAUUGUCAGAUGAAUCAGACAGAACAGAGUCUCACCUCGAAUCAAUAUCUUCAGGAGAAGGAGGGAAACGGAAAAACAAAGAUAAAGGAAAAGAAUCCCAGAAGAAAUUAGAUGAAUUGAGAAAGCAUUUAGAAAGAAUGAAGUUCCACAUCGAGAAAUUAGAGAUUUGUAUGCGAAUGGUUAACAAUGAAAGCUUAGAAUCAAAACGUGUCAUGGAAGUGCUUAAAGAUCCUCUUGAAAUGUACAUUGAUGUGUUAGAUCCUGACUAUGAUAGAGCAGAGGAUGAGCUGGAAAACUUAGAUCCUGAAGAAGCUUACGAAGAAUUAAAUCUCGGUUUAUUGAGUGCUCAACUCGGAACCAAUCUGUGUAUACAUGGUUUGGAUGAUGAAAAAACCGACGCUGAACCUUCUGUGUACAACGAGGGCGAAGAAAAAGUGAGUUCGAGGCAUGGAAGUACAGAUGCUCCAAUUUUAACAACACCUUCUCCGGCUAGUCCGGCACCUCGACGAGCUGUUGUUGCAACCCUUCCUGCACCCAUCGCGACACCGUCAAAGUUACCCAGAGAAACAUCUACGGAAACACCUGGACUUUCAGCAGUUACACCAGCAACACCCCCUCCACCUCCUCCGGGGAUACCCUACAACAGCGUUGCUGCUGGAAGAGCUGCUCCUGCCGCUGCAACUCCACCAUCUUCAACGGUAUCAGCUGGAAAAGCAUCAUUCCCCAUUCCUGCCGUCGCCAGGCAACCAACAUCAGCUGCUCAGGCUGCGGCCGCUGCUGCUGCUGCCGCUGCUUCUCAAAGCUCAGCGAAUAGCUCAACAUCGAACGAUGAGAACAGGAAUCCUGUGAACGAGGUUUCAAACCCAAAGACUGUUGCGGAAGUUGUCGCGAAAUCUGAAAGUAUGAAAUCGUCUGCUUCAAAUUCUGAAUCUUCUGAAGUAUCACAUACCAAUGGGAAAACUGAGAUAAGAACGCCAGUAAAGGUGAUGAACGGGCCAUCUUUAGCGAAUUCAAGUUCUUCUUCAACAGAACCUGGAGAGUCUCCGUUGACAAACGCCUCUGAUAACCGAGAAGUGAAAGGGGAGAACGUCGGAGAAGAUACUCUACGAGGUGUUUUACGUCAACCACCCACAAGUAAAGAUCCCAAACGAGCUCACAUACCUGCUUGGUUAGGAGCUUCACCACUCGGUCGAGCACCAGCUACUCAAGAGCAUGAUAUUCACUUAGCAGCUUUGGAAGCUGCCUUCCAACGAGCACCGUUACCUAUGGAUAGUGAAAAGCCUAGAACCUACCUUCCCAAGAUUCUUUACCCCGGGAACACUUUGUAUCCACAGAACCCACCACCAAACAGCGACACUCUAGAGUAUUAUCUUCGUCUUAGUCCGGAGACCCUCUUUUUCAUAUUUUAUUAUAUGGAGGGAACGAAAGCCCAAUUGCUAGCAGCUAAAGCCUUGAAGAAACUAUCCUGGCGAUUCCAUACGAAGUAUUUAACUUGGUUCCAGCGACAUGAGGAACCUAAGCAGAUAACUGACGACUUUGAACAGGGUACAUACGUAUACUUUGAUUUCGAGCGAUGGUCGCAAAGAAAGAAAGAAGCUUUCACUUUUGAAUACCGUUUCCUCGAAGAUAAGGAUUUCGAUUGA